AUGUUGGCUCUCCAGAACAUGAAAGUUGGCCUUUUCCUUUUGUGGUGGCCAUGGGCAUUGGCUACUGAAAGCAGAGUGCACUGGAGAAAAAGAGACGUACAGGAGAUGUCGAAGAAAGGCAGCCCAAUUCUUAAACGCAGCCCUGAUAUUACCAAAUCGCCACUGACAAAGUCAGAACAGCUCCUGAGGAUAGAUGACCACGAUUUCAGCAUGAGGCCUGGCUUUGGAGGCCCGGCCAUUCCUGUUGGCGUGGAUGUGCAGGUGGAGAGCUUGGACAGCAUCUCAGAGGUCGACAUGGACUUCACGAUGACCCUCUACCUGCGGCACUACUGGAAGGACGAGCGGCUGUCCUUCCCGAGCACCAAAAACCUCAGCAUGACGUUUGACGGCCGGCUGGUGAAGAAGAUCUGGGUCCCCGACAUGUUUUUCGUGCACUCCAAGCGCUCCUUCAUCCACGACACCACCACGGACAACGUGAUGCUGAGGGUCCAGCCCGACGGCAAAGUGCUCUACAGCCUCAGGGUUACGGUGACCGCCAUGUGCAACAUGGACUUCAGCCGGUUUCCCCUGGACACGCAAACGUGCUCGCUCGAAAUUGAGAGCUAUGCAUACACGGAAGACGACCUCAUGCUGUACUGGAAGAAAGGCAAUGACUCUUUAAAGACAGAUGAGCGGAUCUCACUCUCCCAGUUCCUCAUCCAGGAGUUCCACACCACCACCAAACUGGCCUUCUACAGCAGCACAGGCUGGUACAACCGUCUCUACAUUAACUUCACGUUGCGUCGCCACAUCUUCUUCUUCUUGCUGCAAACCUACUUUCCCGCCACCCUGAUGGUCAUGCUGUCCUGGGUGUCCUUCUGGAUCGACCGCAGAGCUGUGCCCGCCAGAGUCCCUUUAGGGAUCACCACGGUGCUGACCAUGUCCACCAUCAUCACGGGUGUGAACGCCUCCAUGCCCCGCGUGUCCUACAUCAAGGCCGUGGACAUCUACCUCUGGGUCAGCUUCGUGUUCGUGUUCCUCUCGGUGCUGGAGUACGCGGCCGUCAACUACCUGACCACCGUGCAGGAGCGGAAAGAGCGGAAGCCGCAGGAGAAGCUUCCCUGCACCUGCGGGUUGCCUCAGCCACGCGCGGUCCUGCUGGACGGCAGCUACAGUGACGGGGAGGUGAACGACCUGGGCAACUACACGACCGACAACGGAGACAAGCCAGACAGGAUGAUGGUGCAGCUGACGCUGGCCUCGGAGAGGAGCUCCCCGCAGAGGAAAAGCCAGAGGAGCAGCUACGUGAGCAUGAAGAUUGACACUCAUGCCAUUGAUAAAUACUCCAGAAUCAUUUUUCCAGCCGCAUACAUCUUAUUCAAUUUAAUAUACUGGUCGAUUUUCUCAUAA